AUGGGAGCCAUGGCUUACCCCUUACUCUUCUGCAUCCUGCUCAUUCAUCUGGGAUUGGGAGUUGUUGGCGCUAGCCGUGACCCUCCGGGUCGGCCGGAUUCCCCUCGUGAGAGGACCCUGAGGGCGAAGCAGCACUCCCAACAGUCGGCUCGAGCCUCUGCCUCGGACCCCUCAGCUCCCUGGAGCCGCUCCACCGACGGCACCAUCUUGGCGCAGAAACUCGCCGAGGAGGUGCCCAUGGACGUGGCCUCUUACCUCUACACCGGGGACUCCCACCAGCUGAAGCGAGCCAACUGCUCCAGUCGCUACGAGUUGGCGGGCCUGCCGGGAAAGUCGCCUGCCCUAGCCAGCUCCCAUCCCUCCUUGCACGGGGCGCUGGACACGCUGACACACGCCACCAACUUCCUCAACAUGAUGCUGCAGAGCAAUAAGUCGCGGGAGCAGAACUUGCAGGAUGACCUGGAGUGGUACCAGGCACUAGUGCGGAGCCUCCUGGAGGGUGAGCCCAGCAUCUCCCGGGCGGCCAUCACCUUCAGCACGGAGUCGCUGUCCGCGCCGGCCCCGCAGGUCUUCCUCCAGGCCACACGCGAGGAGAGUCGCAUACUGCUCCAGGACCUGUCCUCCUCGGCACACCACCUGGCCAACGCCACGCUGGAGACCGAGUGGUUCCACGGCCUCCGGCGCAAGUGGAGGACCCACUUACACCGCCGCGGCUCCAAUCAGGGGCCCCGGGGCCUGGGCCAUAGCUGGCGGCGCAGGGACGGGCUUAGCGGGGACAAGAGCCAUGUCAAGUGGUCCCCGCCUUAUCUGGAGUGCGAGAACGGGAGUUACAAGCCCGGGUGGCUGGUCACUCUCUCCGCUGCUUUCUACGGGUUGCAGCCUAACCUGGUCCCGGAAUUCAGGGGUGUCAUGAAAGUUGACAUAAAUCUUCAGAAAGUGGACAUUGACCAGUGUUCAAGUGAUGGCUGGUUUUCAGGAACUCACAAGUGUCAUCUUAACAAUUCAGAGUGUAUGCCAAUUAAAGGCCUAGGAUUCGUGCUUGGAGCCUAUCAGUGCAUUUGCAAAGCGGGAUUCUAUCAUCCUCGAGUCUUCUCAGUGAACAACUUUCAGAGAAGGGGUCCGGAUCACCAUUUUGCAGGAAGUGCAAAGGAUGUGUCAGAAGAAGCCCAUGUCUGCCUACCCUGCAGGGAGGGCUGUCCCUACUGUGCUGAUGACAGCCCCUGCUUUGUCCAGGAGGAUAAAUAUUUGCGACUUGCUAUCAUCUCCUUCCAAGCCCUGUGUAUGCUGCUCGACUUCGUUAGCAUGCUGGCUGUCUACCACUUUCGCAAAGCAAAGAGCAUCAGGGCAUCGGGCCUUAUUCUGUUGGAAACAAUCCUUUUUGGGUCUCUGCUUCUAUACUUUCCGGUUGUUAUUUUGUACUUUGAGCCAAGCACGUUUCGCUGUGUUCUCCUAAGAUGGGUCCGUCUUCUUGGUUUUGCUACUGUUUAUGGAACUGUCACCCUCAAGCUUCACAGGGUUUUGAAGGUGUUUCUUUCACGAACAGCGCAACGGAUUCCAUACAUGACGGGGGGACGGGUCAUGAGGAUGCUGGCAGUAAUACUCCUGGUAGUAUUUUGGUUUCUCGUUGGCUGGACUUCAUCCGUUUGCCAGAAUUUGGAGAGGCAGAUUUCACUCAUUGGCCAAGGGCAAACAUCAGAUCACCUCAUCUUCAAUAUGUGCCUCGUUGAGCGCUGGGAUUACAUGACAGCAGUUGCUGAAUUUUUAUUCCUCCUGUGGGGCGUUUAUCUCUGCUAUGCAGUGCGGACCGUCCCAUCAGCAUUUCACGAGCCACGCUACAUGGCCGUUGCAGUCCACAAUGAGCUCAUUAUCUCCGCUAUAUUCCAUACAAUUAGAUUUGUUCUUGCCUCAAGACUUCAGUCUGAUUGGAUGUUGAUGCUGUAUUUUGCACAUACUCAUUUGACUGUGACAGUCACCAUUGGGUUGCUUUUGAUUCCAAAGUUUUCACAUUCAAGCAAUAACCCGCGUGAUGACAUUGCUACAGAAGCGUAUGAGGACGAGCUGGACAUGGGCCGGUCUGGGUCCUACCUGAACAGCAGUAUCAAUUCAGCCUGGAGUGAGCACAGCCUGGAUCCAGAAGACAUUCGGGACGAGCUGAAGAAACUCUAUGCGCAGUUGGAAAUCUAUAAAAGGAAGAAGAUGAUCACAAAUAACCCCCACCUCCAGAAAAAGCGGUGCUCCAAGAAGGGCUUAGGCCGUUCAAUCAUGAGGCGCAUCACUGAGAUCCCGGAGACGGUCAGCAGGCAGUGUUCCAAAGAGGACAAGGAUGCCGUGGACCACAGCAUGGCCAAGAGCACGGCCCUGGGCAGGAAGAACCCACAGGAGUCUUCGGGUAACACUGGGAAGCCCAAGGAGGAGUCCCUGAAAAACCGAGUCUUCUCCCUAAAGAAAUCCCACAGCACAUAUGACCACGUGCGGGAGCAGCCGGAGGUGUCCACGAGCUUGCCAACCGAGAGCCAAGAAGAGGAGGUGACAGAAAACUCCACGCUGGAGUCUCUGCCGGGGAAAAAACCAACACAGACACUGAAAGAAAACAGCGAGGCUGUGUCCACAGAGUCUGUGCCUUUGGUGUGUAAGUCGGCGAGUGCCCACAACCUCAGCUCGGAAAAGAAGCCGGGGCACCCACGAACAUCCAUGCUACAGAAGUCCCUCAGCGUCAUAGCAAGUGCCAAGGAGAAGACUCUCGGAUUAGCUGGGAAAACCCAAACAUCAGGCGUGGAGGAACGGGCUAAGUCCCAGAAGCCAAGAGAAAAAGAGACAAACAGAAAAUACUCAAAUUCAGAUAAUGCAGAGACUAAAGAUCCUGCCCCCACCAACUCCAGUCAUUCAGAGGAGCCGAGAAGACCCCAGAAAUCUGGGAUUAUGAAGCAACAAAGGGCCAACCCCUCCACUGCCAAUUCUGAGCUGAGCCCAGGCACCACCCAGAGGAAGGACGACUUUGACAUAGGGGAGGUGUGCCCUUGGGAGAUUUACGACCUGACCCCUGGUCCUGUGCCUUCAGAUUCAAAAGUUCAAAAGCACGUAUCUAUUGCAGCUUCUGAAAUGGAGAAAAACCCAACUUUUUCCUUAAAGGAGAAAUCUCAUCCCAAGCCUAAGGCAGCUGAACUGUGUCAGCCAUCCAAUCAGAAGAGCCUAGACAAGGCUGAGGUGUGCCCUUGGGAGAGCCAAGGUCAGUCCCUUUAUGAAGAUGAGAAGUAUUUGAUUCCCAAGACUCAGGUUCCCCCAGGAAGAGCUAAAGAUGAGAAGGGGGGCCAGCAUCAUGCAGCCAAUGUGUGUGCUGGGUGGUCUGAAGAGCUUUCUCCCAAAGUUGUAGCAUCCAAAGUGAAGAAUGAAAGUCUCAGCCAAAUAGGAGACCAGGAGAGAAAGACAUCUCCCUCUGAGCGAAACGUGCCUGACUCCUAUAACCCAAGUAAUAACUUUCAGCAACAUUUAAUGUCGCGAGCUGAGGUGUGCCCUUGGGAGUUUGAGACCCCAGAUCAACCAAAUGCUGAAAGAAGUGUAGCUUUCCCGGCCUCUUCUGCUUUAAGUGCAAAUAAGAUAGUGGGGCCCCGGAAAUAAGAGAUCUGGGAUACUUUUAAAGUGUAGCAUGCCCAGAAAGAAAAGGAGAAGGAAGAAGUGUUGGAUUCAGUG